CAGAGACACAGACGAGCUGUGAGCUGCACGACGCUUGGCCAGGCUGACGGGCCCUGGGCUCCUUAAGUUUUGCAAAGCCUUCUGCUUAUUUUGAUUGCAGUAGAUUUCGCCUGCAGAUUAGAGACAAGGUGUGAUGGACAGAGGAAGAGACGAGACAUCGUUGACUUCCUGGAGCUGGAACCAUCAGCUGAGUUCCUUAUUUGGGGCUCGGUCCUCGGUGGAGUUGGGCUCCGGGGCGUUGGUGGCAGCACUGACGGUUCCCUCGCUGCCCCCAUCAUGGCAUCUGCUCUCAUGAGCCUCUUCCUUGGCUGCUGGCUGGCCGGGCAGUGUGGGGUGUCUGGACAGCUCCCUGCGCCCGGACCCUCCAUCUCCGUCAGCCCCAGCGAGGUGAUCGCCCCGGGGCAAGGUGUCACCAUCCGCUGUCAGUGUCAGUGCGAGGGCAGGAGGUUAUUUCUGUAUAAAGGUGGAAUCGAAAUCCGGGCACUGGAUGCUACUGGAGACGAGGGUGAAUUCACCAUCCCCAGCGCCAGGCGGGAAGACUCAGGGAGCUACAGCUGCCAAUCUCGCUCCAGAUCGGAGUCACCCGACUGGUCGUAUCCAAGUAACAUUGUGUGGAUCACUGUAGCAGAGCUCAGCUACCAAAAACCCUCCAUCUCCCUGCACCCCAGUGGGGGGGUUGCCCUGGGGGGAGCGGUGACUGUCCGGUGUCGGGGUCCGUACCAGAAUGCGAGCUUCCUUCUGUACAAAGAUGGAAACCCGACCGCGCUGCAGGAUACGGAGCCGGCUGGGGACGUGGCUGAAUUUCCCAUUCACAACGUGAGCCGGAGAGACGCAGGGAGCUACAGCUGCUAUUAUUGCUCCAAAUUGAACCCGUUCACCUGGUCACAUCCCAGCGACCCUGUGGAGCUGCUGGUAGCAGAGCCCAGCAACCCCAAACCCCACAUCUCCCUGCACCCCAGCGGGUGGGUCACCCCGGGGGGAGCCGUGACCAUCCGGUGUGAGUGUCCGUGUCGGGGAGCGAGGGUCCUUCUGAGUAAAGCUGGAGACCCGGACGCACGGCGCUCGAUGGACCCCGUGGGGGACGUGGCUGAGUUUCCCAUCCGCAAUGUGAGCCUGGGAGAUGCAGGGAACUACAGCUGCCAAUAUAGCACCAAAUGGGACCUGCCCAUCUGGUCACAUCCCAGCGACCCCGUGGAACUGGUGGUAGCAGGUGAGGGGCCCGGCUCAGUGUCCCUGCUCCCAGUCCACCCACAGCCAGACCCUCAGGGGGUCUCAGAGCAAGACUGGGCUGUCGGAAUCCGCCCCCCGCUGCCCCCCCGCCCCCGAUUGGCAGACAAGCUCCCCUGUAGCUCUACAGACACAGGGACGUUUCUCCUCCGAAAUAGGAACAGCCGCGCCCAGACCUGCUCUGCAGUGACUCCAGGCGGAUCGGAGCCACCAGGUCUGACCAGCCCCAUCAUCACCGGGACGAGCGCAGCAGCCGCCGGCCUCCUCCUCCUCCUCCUCCUCGUGGCCUUCGUCUGCUUCAGAAUAACUCGAGCCAAUGCCUCCAUCGACGAAGGAAAAGAGCUGCAGACCCUGCCCCAGGAGCCCAACCCCGGUGCCGACGGACUCACCUAUGCCGAGCUGGAUGGCCGGGCGCUGCAGGGCAAGUGGGGGGGCCUGGCCCCUGCCCCCGAGCCCACCCAGCCCAGCCUGUACGCCGUGAUCAACUACUGGUGGGUCCUGCUGCUGGCCGGAUCCCUGCUCGCCAGCCGCCUGCCCACUGUGGAGCCCAGGUACCCCAAACCCAACAUCUCCCUGCGCCCCAGGGGGCAGGUCGCCCUGGGGGGAGCCGUGACCAUCCGGUGUGAGUGUCGGUGUCGGGGAGCGAGGAUCUUUCUGAGUAAAGCUGGAGACCUGGUCGCACGGCGUUCGAUGGACCCCGUGUGGAACGUGGCUGAGUUUCCCAUCCACAGUGUGAGCUGGAGAGACGCAGGGAGCUACAGCUGCCAAUAUAGCACCAAAUCUAAUCCACCCGUCUGGUCAGAGCCCAGCGACCCCGUGGACCUGGUAAUAUCCGAGGCUGCAGCUACAGUCUACGCCCUCAUGGGUGAAGGGAAGCAGCUGGAUGUCCUGCCACAGGAGCCCGACCCCGGUGCCGACGCACUCACCUACGCGGAGCUGGACGCCCAGGUGCUGCAGGCCAAGCGGGGGGACCCGGCCCGCCAGGAACCCGUCCUGUACGCCACAAUCAACCCCCAGGAGCCCGACCCCGGCGCCGACAGACUCACCUACGCCGAGCUGGACGGCCGGGUGCCGCAGGCCACGCGGGGGUCCCUGGCCCCAGCCCCUGUCCAGCCCAGUGUGUACACAGUGAUCAACGUGAGCGGGGGGCGCAGUGAGAGCACAGCCCCCCCGAGGCGCCCGGAUUUCACCAAUGCCAACAUCGCUCACCUGGUGCUGGGUGCUGUGGUCCUGCUCAUCCUGGGGCUGACCCUGGCUGAGGCCUAUUAG